UUUGAACUUUCACAUCAUCCUUUGUUCGAGUAACGACCACCUGGCUCGGCCACGAAAAUUAUGAUCAGUAUGACUGGAUAGCAUCUGGAAGAAUGAGCGGCUUCUCGUUCCCGCCGCCGCCUCCGCCACCGCCAAAAGUCGACCAGCCCGGCGGUGCGCAACAAGGAACGCAGUACAGUUCAGAAACCCGAGGAAGGGGCCGCGGAAGAUACCAGAAUCAGCGUGGCCAACGACGCGGAGAUGGCAACCAAUUUGCGAAUGGCGAUAGGCAGCACGAUCGACAGCAGAAUACUGCACCUUAUGGACAUUCUAAUCCCUCAUGGCCACAGCAGCAACCGCGAACAUCGAACUUGCCGCCUGGAGCCUAUGUCAAUCCCAAUUUUGUCCCAACACCAUUCGCUACAGGACGGGGUAACUCCAACGCCGGCUCCAAUCAUGCGAAUGCCAGACCUCAACUAUUAAGUGACCGUGGUGGCUCGCCAUCAAGGACUGUUGCUGGGCACAAACGGAAGCUUGAAGCUCUCCGUGGCCCUGUACAGGAACGAAAGCCUCCACCUCCCACACCGCCUUCGAUACCGAGCUUUGGUGUGCCUCUAAGUGCACCACCUAGCAGGGUAGAGGUACCGCAUGUGGCUGGAGCCGAGCGAGCAGUGCGUUCUAAGUCAGGAGAUCGCACCAAGAGUCUCGGUCUUGUGCCCACCAGUCUUGAAGCACAACAUUCCUCCUCCGAGAGUGAAGAUGAUGCUCGCGAAGUCGACGAGGAAGCAAUGUACGCCGAGCUGGGCGACAAGCUGACCUUUGAGCACAACGGUGUCAUCAUGUCUCUGACGUCGCAAGCCGACUUGGCGGAUUGGAAGAAGGAGAGGCAGAAGAAGUGGCCCACGAACGCUCGCAUGAGGGAGAAGGAAGAAACACGUUACAGGGUUGGCGAGGAGCGGAAAAGAUUACUCGCUGGUGCUAAUUUGUUGAAUGCGCGGGCUUCUACCGGCCAAUUGAGGACUACAGCAGUGCGGCAGCAGCUCUCGAUGGACCAAAAGGAGAGAUCUGGACCGUCAGAGGUGCAUGAGCCAAGCACAGCUCGCAAACCGGAGAGCGAACUGGAGAAGAUGAAGAAACAGUUGAGCGAGCAGACGAAGCAUCUCGAGGCAUUGCGUAAGAAAGUCGCAGACAGUGAAGCGAGGAAUCGUGAGACACAACGACAACGUGACUUGAACGACAGCAAUGCGGCCAAGGUCACCGAUACAGGAGUUAUGCCUGAUGACGAAGAAACUCAGCACCUGGAAGAGAUAGACGGCAGCACUGGAGCAAUGGCAGUGUCCAACGUUACGAAAGAAGCAGCUCCAGACGACGACCAGGAGAGCUCGAAAGAUUCCUCAUCCGUCAUCAGCUCAGACUCUGCCUCCGAAGACUCCGACGAAGCUCCACCAGAAGAAGUGACUUCAAAGCCAGAGCCCACCACCGCGCCGCACAGUCAGAAACCCGUGUGCAGAUACUUCGCAGCAAGUGGGCACUGUCGAGAUGGCGACGCUUGCAGGUUCAGGCAUGAGCGCUCCGAGGGAACGGGUGAUGGAGUAGCGAGCAGAAGUUUGCAGAGACCGCAGCAAAGCGUCAGGCCUUCCCCACGAGCUCACGUGGAUGGGAAGGAGCGGAAGAGUAUCCAUGAGCGAUUGGUGGAACAGGAGCAGGGUGAGGCUGAUCGGUUGGCGCUCAAGGUGAUCAAGUACUUGGGUGGCGCGGGGUUCUUCAACAGUGAUGAUACCGUUGCUGCUGCUGUGGAGCAUCAAUGAGGGAGGGACGCUGUUACGCUGAAGAUAAUGAGAUGUCGUUGACUGUGGUAUAUCAUUCUAAAUGCUGCCCUG